GGGCGCGCAGGUGACGUCACUUCCGCCCCUCCCGGGAGGCGGCGCCGGGCCGGUGGCGAGCCCCCGCAGCGGCCGCGGCAGUCGGACGGAAGAUGGCGGCGAGCGGCGGCGAGGAGGCGGCGGCGGCCCCCGGGAGCCCGGCCCCGGGCGCGGACACCACGGCGGGCUGGGAGGUGGCGGUGCGGCCGCUGCUGUCGGCGUCCUACUCCGCCCUGGACAUGAAGGAGCUGCCGCAGCUGCUGGCCGCCGUCAUCGACAGCGAGUCCGAGAUCCUGCGGCACGACAAGCAGUAUGAGCCCUUCUACUCCUCCUUUGUCGCGCUCUCCACGCACUACAUCACCACGGUCUGCGGCCUCGUUCCCCGCAAUCAGCUUCAGUCAGUAGCAGCAGCCUGUAAAGUCCUGAUUGAAUUUUCUCUUCUGCGUCUGGAGAACCCAGAUGAGGCGUGUGCUGUGUCUCAGAAACAUUUGAUUCUCUUAAUCAAGGGCUUAUGCACUGGCUGCAGUCGACUAGACAGAACUGAAAUAAUCACUUUUACAGCCAUGAUGAAGUCAGCCAAGCUGCCGCAGACAGUGAAGACGCUCUCAGAUGUGGAAGAUCAGAAAGAGCUGGCCUCACCAGUUAGCCCUGAGCUGAGGCAGAAGGAAGUGCAGAUGAAUUUUGUGAAUCAGCUGACGUCAGUUUUUAACCCUAGAACUGUAGCGUCACCUCCUGUUGGGACACAGACUCCGGCUGAUGGAGAAAAGGACGAGCAGCCCUCCCCAGACCAGGCUUCUGCUGCCAGAACCAAGAGUGUGUUCAUAGCUCAGAAUGUGGCCAGUCUUCAGGAGCUCGGCGGCUCAGAGAAGCUACUGCGUGUGUGUCUGAACCUGCCAUAUUUCCUACGCUAUAUCAACCGGUUUCAAGACGCAGUGUCGGCCAACUCCUUCUUCAUCAUGCCCGCGACAGUGGCAGAUGCCACCGCUGUCCGGAAUGGUUUUCAUUCACUGGUGAUUGACGUAACCAUGGCAUUGGAUACACUCUCUCUGCCUGUGUUGGAGCCUCUCAGUCCUGCUCGUCUGCAAGAUGUGACGGUUCUCAGCCUUAGUUGUCUCUAUGCAGGUGUGAGUGUGGCGACCUGCAUGGCCAUCCUUCACGUUGGCAAUGCCCAGCAAGUCCGGACAGGGUCCACAAGCUCCAAGGAAGAGGACUAUGAGAGUGACGCCGCUACGAUUGUUCAGAAAUGUCUUGAGAUUUACGACAUGAUCGGACAAGCGAUCAGCGAUUCCCGUCGGGCUGGUGGUGAGCGCUAUCAGAACUUCCAGCUGCUGGGUGCCUGGUGCCUGCUAAACAGCCUCUUCCUCAUACUGAAUCUUAGUCCGACUGCUUUGGCCGAUAAGGGGAGAGAGAAAGACCCGCUGGCGGCACUGCGCGUGAGAGACAUCCUCUCUCGGACGAAAGAAGGCGUGGGCUCCCCGAAACUGGGGCCUGGGAAAGGACAUCAGGGCUUCGGCGUGCUCUCCGUUCUACUGGCAAACCAUGCUGUCAAGCUGUUGACAUCUCUUUUUCAGGACCUGCAGGUCGAGGCACUUCACAAGGGUUGGGAGCCGGACGGCCCCCCAGCAGUCCUGAGCAUCAUGGCCCAGAGUACCUCCACGCAGAGGGUUCAGCGGCUCAUGGACUCUGUCCCCCUGACCAACCUCCUCUUGAUGCUACUUUCAACUUCUUACAGAAAGGCCUGUGUGCUGCAGCGUCAGAGGAAGGGCUCAAUGAGCAGCGAUGCCAGCGCCUCCACUGACUCCAACACCUACUACGAGGACGAUUUCAGCAGCACGGAGGAGGACAGCAGCCAAGAUGAUGACAGUGAGCCUAUCUUGGGGCAGUGGUUUGAGGAGACCAUCUCCCCCAGUAAGGAGAAAGCAGCACCUCCCCCUCCUCCCCCCCCCCCUCCUCUGGAAAGCUCUCCUCGGGUCAAAAGCCCCAGCAAGCAGGCCGCGGGGGAAAAGGGCAACAUUUUGGCUAGUCGCAAAGACCCUGAGUUGUUCUUAGGUCUGGCUUCCAACAUCUUGAACUUCAUCACCUCUUCCAUGCUUAACUCUCGGAAUACUUUCAUCAGGAACUACCUGAGUGUGUCUCUUUCAGAACACCACAUGGCCACCCUGGCCAGUAUCAUUAAGGAGGUGGACAAAGACGGACUCAAGGGUUCAUCCGAUGAGGAGUUUGCUGCAGCUCUCUAUCACUUCAACCACUCCCUAGUGACUUCUGACCUUCAGUCACCUAACCUGCAGAACACACUGCUGCAGCAGCUGGGAGCUGCUCCUUCAUCCGAGGGGCCUUGGCCUUUGGACAUCCGCCCUCAGAGCCUCUCCGUGCUGGCGCGUCUCCUGCUUACCUGGCAGCACAGAGCCGCUGCUCAGGGAGACCCUGAUGUCCCCGAGUGCCUUCAAGUCUGGGACAGGUUUCUGUCAACCAUGAAGCAGAACGCCUUGCAGGGAGUGGUGCCCAGUGAGACAGAAGAUCUGAAUGUAGAGCACCUGCAGCUGCUGCUGCUCAUUUUCCACAACUUCACCGAGAAAGGCCGGCGCGCCAUAUUCACGCUCAUCGUGCAGACCAUCCAGGAGCUGAGCGCCAGCGCAGACGCCCAGACGCGGUGUGUGCCUCUUACUGCGGCCCGCCUCCUGCUCAUCUUUGACUAUCUGCUGCACCAGUACUCCAAAGCCCCCGUGUAUCUGUUUGAGCAGGUGCAGCAUAACUUGUUAAGUCCACCUUUUGGGUGGGCAAGUGGAUCCCAAGACAGCAGUAGCCGCCGGGUGACCACCCCUCUCUAUCAUGGAUUUAAAGAAGUAGAAGAAAACUGGUCAAAGCACUUUUCAUCAGAUGCGGUUCCACAGCCCCGGUUUUACUGUGUCCUUUCCCCAGAAGCCUCAGAGGAUGACUUGAACCGACUUGAUUCUGUGGCUUGUGAAAUCCUCUUCUCCAAGCUUGUCAAGUAUGAUGAGCUUUACACAGCGCUGACAGCCCUGCUCGCGGCUGGAUCCCAGCUCGAUAUAGUCAGGCGGAAGGAGAGCAAGCACAUCACAGCUCUGGAGGCCUGUGCCCUUCAGUAUUGCUUCCUGAUACUUUGGAGGAUUCUAGGGAUUCUGCCACCGUCAAAGACUUACAUGAACCAGCUGGCCAUGAACUCAUCUGAGAUGAGUGAAUGUGACAUCUUACACACUCUGCGGUGGUCUUCCCGUCUUCGAAUCAGCUCUUAUGUCAGCUGGAUAAAGGACCACCUUAUCAGACAGGGCAUGAAGGCUGAACAUGCCAGCUCUCUGCUAGAACUAGCAUCUACCAAGUGCAGCUCAGUGAAAUACGAUGUUGAAAUUGUAGAGGAAUACUUUGCUCGCCAGAUCUCGUCGUUCUGCAGCGUCGACUGCACCACCGUCUUGCAGCUCCAUGAAAUGCCUAGCCUGCAGUCUGUCUACACCCUUGAUGCCGCUGUCUCGAAGGUCCAAGUCUCGCUGGAUGAACAUUUUUCCAAGAUGGCUGCCGAAACCGACCCUCAUAAGUCGUCAGAGAUCACCAAGAAUCUGCUUCCCGCCACGCUGCAGCUCAUCGACACCUAUGCCUCGUUCACCAGAGCCUAUUUGCUACAGAACUUUAAUGAAGAAGGAUCCACUGAGAAGCCUUCCCAGGAGAAGCUACAGGGCUUUGCUGCUGUGCUGGCUAUUGGUUCUGGCAGAUGCAAGGCCAACACUCUGGGUCCGACCCUGGUUCAGAACUUGCCGUCGUCAGUGCAGAGUGUGUGUGAGUCCUGGAACAACAUCAACACCAGCGAGUUCCCCAGUAUCGGGUCCUGGCGCAAUGCCUUUGCUAACGACACCAUUCCUUCAGAGAGUUACAUAAGCGCCGUCCAGGCUGCUCACUUGGGCACUCUCUGUGGCCAGAGCCUUCCCCUGGCGGCGUCCCUGAAACACACUCUCCUCUCGUUGGUCAGGCUGACUGGAGAUCUUAUUGUUUGGUCCGACGAGAUGAACCCACCACAGGUCAUCCGCACCCUGCUCCCCCUUCUUUUGGAGUCAAGCACGGAGAGUGUUGCCGAGAUCAGCAGCAACUCCCUGGAGCGCAUCCUGGGCCCUGCAGAGUCUGACGAGUUCCUGGCUCGCGUUUAUGAGAAGCUCAUCACUGGUUGCUACGACAUUCUGGCCAAUCAUGCCGAUCCGAACAGUGGAUUGGACGAAUCCAUAUUGGAGGAAUGCCUCCAGUAUUUGGAGAAGCAGCUGGAAAGCAGCCAGGCUCGCAAAGCCAUGGAAGAGUUCUUCUCGGACAGUGGAGAACUUGUGCAGAUCAUGAUGGCAACGGCCAAUGAGAACCUCUCUGCUCAAUUCUGUAACAGAGUCUUGAAAUUCUUCACCAAACUCUUCCAGCUGACUGAGAAAAGCCCUAACCAAAGCCUUCUGCAUCUCUGUGGCUCUCUGGCACAACUGGCUUGUGUGGAGCCUGUGCGUCUCCAGGCCUGGCUCACUCGCAUGACGGCAUCCCCGCCCCGAGAUUCCGAUCAGCUGGAUGUGAUUCAGGAGAAUCGGCAGCUGUUGCAGCUACUGACUACGUACAUCGUUCGUGAAAACAGCCAAGUUGGGGAAGGUGUUUGUGCUGUGCUUCUCGGCACCCUGAUUCCCAUGGCAACAGAGAUGCUGUCCAACGGUGAUGGGACUGGUUUUCCUGAACUCAUGGUUGUGAUGGCCACUCUGGCCAGUGCAGGUCAAGGUGCUGGUCACCUUCAACUUCAUAACGCUGCCGUGGACUGGCUGAGUAGAUGCAAGAAAUACCUGUCACAGAAGAACGUGGUUGAAAAACUGAACGCCGGUGUAAUGCAUGGGAAGCACGUGACAGUCCUGGAGUGCACAUGCCACAUCAUGUCGUACUUGGCUGAUGUCACCAAUGCCUUGAGCCAGAGCAACGGUCAAGGUCCAAGUCACCUCUCGGUGGACGGCGAAGAGAGGGCCAUUGAGGUUGACUCGGACUGGGUGGAGGAGCUGGCCGUGGAAGACGACGACUCACAGGCUGAGGAUUCUGAUGAAGAUUCCCUUUGCAAUAAACUGUGCACCUUCACCAUCACUCAGAAGGAGUUCAUGAACCAACACUGGUAUCACUGUCACACCUGCAAAAUGGUUGAUGGAGUGGGUGUGUGUACAGUGUGCGCCAAGGUGUGUCACAAGGACCAUGAAAUCUCCUACGCCAAGUACGGGUCCUUCUUCUGUGAUUGUGGGGCCAAAGAAGACGGAAGCUGUCUGGCACUGGUAAAGCGGACUCCUAGCAGCGGCAUGAGUUCCACCAUGAAGGAGUCAGCAUUUCAGAGUGAACCCAGAGUGUCAGAAAGCUUGGUGCGGCAUACCAGCACCUCCCCUGCCGACAAGGCGAAGGUCACCAUCAGCGACGGAAAGACGGUCGAUGAAGAGAAGCCCAAGAAGAGCAGCUUGUGCCGUACGGUGGAGGGCUGCCGGGAGGCGCUCCAGAACCAGGCCAAUUUCUCCUUCGCUCCUCUGGUGUUAGACAUGCUUAACUUCCUCAUGGAUGCCAUUCAGACCAACUUCCAACAGACCUCAGCCGUGGGGAGCAGCAGCCGGGCUCAGCAAGCCCUCCGGGAGCUGCACACAGUGGACAAGGUGGUUGAAAUGACAGAUCAGCUGAUGGUUCCCACCUUAGGCUCCCAGGAAGGGGCUUUCGAGAAUGUUCGGAUGAAUUACAGUGGAGACCAGGGCCAGACUAUUCGACAGCUGAUUAGUGCCCAUGUGCUUAGGCGGGUAGCUAUGUGCGUGCUCUCCUCCCCCCACGGGCGCCGCCAGCACUUGGCUGUUAGCCACGAGAAAGGCAAGAUCACUGUUCUGCAGCUCUCUGCACUCUUGAAACAAGCAGACUCUAGUAAGAGGAAGCUGACUCUGACUCGCUUGGCUUCUGCUCCAGUCCCCUUCACUGUGUUGAGUCUCACGGGAAAUCCCUGCAAAGAGGAUUACCUCGCCGUCUGUGGACUGAAGGACUGCCACGUGCUCACCUUUAGUAGCUCAGGCUCAGUGUCCGACCACCUGGUGUUGCACCCCCAGCUGGCGACAGGCAACUUCAUCAUCAAAGCUGUGUGGCUUCCUGGCUCCCAGACCGAGCUAGCGAUAGUUACCGCAGACUUCGUCAAGAUUUAUGACCUGUCUACUGAUGCCUUGAGUCCAACCUUCUACUUUCUUCUGCCAAGUUCAAAGAUUAGAGACGUCACCUUCCUUUUCAAUGAGGAGGGAAAGAAUAUCAUUGUUAUCAUGUCUUCGGCUGGGUACAUCUAUACUCAGCUCAUGGAAGAGGCCAGCAGUGCUCAGCAGGGACCCUUUUAUGUCACUAAUGUUUUGGAAAUCAGUCAUGAGGACUUGAAGGACAGUAACAGCCAGCUGGCAGGUGGCGGUGUGUCUGUGUACUACUCGCACGUGCUGCAGCUGCUGUUCUUCAGCUAUUGCCAAGGGAAGUCCUUUGCGGCCACCAUCAGCAGAUCAACUUUGGAGGUGUCACAGCUCUUCCCCAUCAACAUCAAAAGUUCCAAUGGUGGCAGUAAGACAUCUCCUGCCCUUUGCCAGUGGUCUGAAGUGAUGAAUCACCCUGGAUUAGUGUGUUGUGUCCAGCAGACUACAGGUGUGCCGCUGGUAGUUAUGGUGAAGCCAGAUACUUUUCUAAUCCAGGAGAUCAAGACUCUCCCUGCUAAAGCAAAGAUCCAGGACAUGGUUGCCAUCAGGCACACGGCCUGCAACGAGCAGCAGCGGACCACGAUGAUCCUGCUGUGUGAGGACGGCAGCCUGCGCAUCUACAUGGCCAGCGUGGAGAGCACCUCCUACUGGCUCCAGCCGGCCCUGCAGCCCAGCAGUGUCAUCAGCAUCAUGAAGCCUGUUCGGAAGCGCAAAGCAGCUGCCAUCACAACCCGCACUUCCAGCCAGGUGACCUUCCCCAUUGACUUCUUUGAACACAACCAGCAGCUGACGGACGUGGAGUUUGGUGGCAAUGACCUGCUUCAGGUCUAUAAUGCACAACAGAUAAAACACCGCCUGAAUUCCACCGGCAUGUACGUGGCCAACACCAAGCCUGGUGGCUUCACUAUUGAGAUCAGCAACAACAACAGUGCUAUGGUGGUGACGGGCGUGCGGCUUCAGAUCGGAACCCAGGCCAUUGAACGGGCCCCGUCAUACAUAGAGAUCUUUGGCAGGACAAUGCAGCUUAACCUGAGCCGCUCACGCUGGUUUGACUUCCCCUUCACCAGAGAAGAAGCCCUGCAGGCUGAUAAGAAGUUGAACCUCUUUAUUGGGGCUUCAGUGGAUCCGGCAGGUGUCACCAUGAUCGAUGCUGUAAAAAUUUACGGCAAAACUAAGGAGCAGUUUGGCUGGCCUGACGAGCCCCCCGAGGAAUUCCCUUCUGCCUCCGUCAGUAGCAUCUGUCCUUCCAACGUGAACCAGAGCAACGGCACCGGAGACAGUGACUCAGUUGCCCCCCCCACCACCAGUGGAACAGUCCUGGAGAGGCUGGUUGUGAGUUCUUUAGAAGCCUUGGAAAGCUGCUUUGCCGUUGGCCCGAUCAUCGAGAAGGAGAGAAAUAAGAAUGCAGCGCAGGAGCUGGCCACGUUGCUGCUGUCCCUGCCAGCCCCUGCCAGCGUCCAGCAGCAAUCCAAGAGCCUUCUGGCCAGCUUGCACACCAGCCGCUCUGCCUAUCACAGCCACAAGGAUCAGGCCUUGCUGAGUAAAGCUGUGCAGUGUCUCAACACAUCCAGCAAAGAAGGCAAGGACCUGGACCCCGAGGUCUUCCAGAGGCUGGUGAUCACGGCUCGUUCCAUUGCUGUCAUGCGCCCUAGCAACCUUGUCCACUUGACGGAGUCCAAGCUGCCUCCGAUGGAAACAGAAGGAGCGGCCGAGAGGAGAGACCCUCACAAGCAGCUGGAAGGAGACUGCUGCAGCUCCAUCACCCAGCUGGUGGGCCACUUCUGGAAACUCCACGCAUCCAGACCCAAGAACGCCUUCCUGGCGCCCGCCUGCCUGCCAGGCCUGACUCAUAUCGAAGCUACUGUCAGCGCUCUGGUGGACAUCAUCCACGGCUUCUGCACUUGUGAGCUCGACUGCAUCAACACCGCGUCCAAGAUCUACAUGCAGAUGUUACUGUGCCCUGAUCCGGCUGUGAGCUUCUCUUGUAAACAAGCUCUGAUCCGAGUCCUGAGGCCCAGGAACAAACGGAGACACGUGACAUUGCCUUCUUCUCCUCGCAGCAACACUCCAAUGGGAGACAAGGAUGAUGAGGACGAUGAUGACGCAGAUGAGAAAAUGCAGUCGUCAGGGAUUCCGAAUGGUGGUCACAUUCGCCAGGAGAGCCAGGAGCAGAGUGAGGUGGACCAUGGAGAUUUUGAGAUGGUGUCUGAGUCGAUGGUCCUGGAGACAGCUGAAAAUGUCAACAAUGGCAACCCCUCUCCCCUGGAGGCCCUGCUGGCAGGCGCGGAGGGGUUCCCCCCCAUGCUGGACAUCCCGCCUGAUGCAGAUGACGAGACCAUGGUUGAACUAGCCAUUGCCCUAAGCCUGCAGCAGGACCAACAAGGCAGCAGCAGCAGUGCUCUGGGCCUGCAGAGCCUGGGGCUGUCCGGCCAGGCACCCAGCUCUUCCUCUCUGGACGCAGGAACCCUCUCUGACACCACAGCAUCAGCUCCAGCCUCAGACGACGAAGGCAGCACAGCGGCGACUGAUGGUUCCACCCUCCGGACCUCGCCUGCUGACCACGGUGGUAGUGUGGGCUCAGAGAGCGGGGGCAGUGCAGUGGAUUCAGUGGCUGGCGAGCACAGUGUAUCCGGCCGGAGCAGCGCUUACGGUGAUGCCGCCGCGGAGGGACAUCCGGCUGGACCGGGAAGUGUCAGCUCCAGCACCGGGGCCAUCAGCACGACCACUGGACACCAGGAAGGAGAUGGCUCCGAGGGAGAAGGAGAAGGGGAAGGGGAAGGAGAUAUUCACACUAGCAACAGGCUGCACACGGUCCGUCUCAUGCUUUUGGAAAGACUGCUGCAGACUCUGCCCCAGUUACGAAGUGUUGGAGGUGUCCGGGCCAUCCCGUACAUGCAGGUCAUUCUGAUGCUGACGACAGAUCUGGAUGGAGAAGAUGAAAAAGACAAGGGGGCCCUGGACAGCCUGCUGUCUCAGCUUACCGCCGAGCUCGGCAUGGACAGAAAGGAUGUGUCCAAGAAGAAUGAGCGAAGCGCCUUGAACGAAGUCCACCUUGUGGUGAUGAGACUCCUGAGCGUCUUCAUGUCCCGGACCAAGUCGGGAUCUAAGUCUUCCACAUGCGAGUCAUCGUCCCUCAUCUCCAGCGCCACGGCGGCAGCCCUGCUGAGCUCUGGGGCUGUGGACUACUGCCUGCACGUGCUCAAGUCUUUGCUGGAUUACUGGAAGAGCCAGCAGAGCGACGAGGAGCCUGUGGCUGCCAGCCAGUUGCUCAAGCCACACAGCACUUCAUCGCCCCCCGACAUGAGCCCGUUCUUCCUGCGCCAGUAUGUGAAGGGCCACGCCGCGGAUGUGUUUGAGGCCUAUACUCAGCUCCUAACAGAAAUGGUACUGAGGCUUCCGUAUCAAAUCAAGAAGAUUGCUGACACGAAUUCUCGAAUCCCACCUCCCGUCUUUGAUCAUUCGUGGUUCUACUUUCUCUCGGAGUACCUGAUGAUCCAACAAACGCCAUUUGUGCGCCGUCAAGUCCGGAAACUCCUGCUCUUCAUCUGUGGGUCAAAGGAGAAGUACCGCCAGCUGCGGGACCUGCACAGCCUGGACUCGCACGUGCGAGGCAUCAAGAAGCUGCUGGAGGAGCAGGGGGUGUUCCUCCGCGCAGGUGUGGUGACGGCCAGCUCCGGCUCCGCUUUGCAGUACGACACGCUCAUCAGCUUGAUGGAGCACCUGAAAGCCUGUGCAGAGAUCGCUGCUCAGCGAACCAUCAACUGGCAGAAGUUCUGCAUCAAAGAUGACUCCGUCCUGUACUUCCUCCUGCAAGUCAGCUUCCUGGUGGACGAGGGCGUGUGUCCAGUGCUGCUGCAGCUGCUCUCCUGUGCGCUGUGCGGCAGCAAGGUGCUCGCAGCUCUGGCGGCUUCUGCAGCGUCUUCCAGCGCCGCUUCCUCCUCGGCCUCCGUGGCCGCCAGUUCUGGACAAGCCGCCACACAGUCAAAGUCAUCCACUAAGAAGAGUAAGAAGGAGGAGAAGGAGAAGGAGAAGGAGAAGGAGAAGGAAGGUGAGAGCUCAGGAAGCCAAGAGGACCAGUUGUGCACAGCCCUGGUGAACCAGCUGAACAGAUUCGCAGAUAAGGAGACCUUGGUCCAGUUUCUGCGUUGCUUCUUGUUGGAGUCCAAUUCUUCCUCAGUGCGCUGGCAGGCCCACUGCCUCACUCUGCAUAUCUACAGGAACUCCAGCAAGUCCCAGCAGGAGCUUCUCCUAGACCUCAUGUGGUCCAUCUGGCCGGAACUCCCAGCUUACGGGCGGAAGGCUGCCCAGUUUGUGGACCUACUAGGAUAUUUCUCCUUGAAAACACAACAGACAGAGAAGAAGUUGAAGGAAUAUUCACAGAAGGCUGUGGAGAUUCUGCGGACUCAAAACCAUAUUCUGACCAACCAUCCCAACUCAAACAUUUACAGCACCUUGUCUGGCCUGGUGGAGUUUGACGGCUACUAUCUGGAGAGUGAUCCCUGCCUGGUGUGUAAUAAUCCGGAAGUUCCGUUUUGUUACAUCAAGCUGUCUUCCAUCAAAGUGGACACGCGCUACACCACCACCCAGCAGGUCGUGAAGCUCAUCGGCAGCCACACUGUCAGCAAGGUGACGGUGAAGAUCGGGGACCUGAAGCGGACCAAGAUGGUGCGGACCAUCAACCUCUACUACAACAACCGGACCGUGCAGGCCAUCGUGGAGCUGAAAAACAAGCCGGCUCGCUGGCACAAAGCCAAGAAGGUGCAGCUGACCCCUGGGCAGACAGAGGUGAAGAUCGACCUGCCCUUGCCCAUUGUGGCCUCCAACCUGAUGAUUGAGUUUGCGGACUUCUAUGAAAACUACCAGGCCUCUACAGAGACCCUGCAGUGCCCACGCUGCAGCGCCUCGGUCCCCGCCAACCCAGGGGUCUGUGGCAAUUGUGGCGAGAACGUCUACCAGUGUCACAAGUGCAGGUCCAUCAACUAUGAUGAGAAGGACCCUUUCCUCUGCAACGCCUGCGGCUUCUGCAAAUACGCCCGCUUCGACUUCAUGCUCUAUGCCAAGCCCUGCUGCGCAGUCGACCCCAUUGAGAAUGAGGAGGACCGCAAGAAGGCCGUUUCCAAUAUCAACACACUGCUGGACAAGGCCGACCGGGUGUAUCACCAGCUGAUGGGACACCGGCCACAGCUGGAGAAUCUGCUCUGCAGGGUCAACGAGGCAGCUCCGGAAAAGCCACAGGAGGACUCUGGCUCGGCUGGAGGGAUCAGCUCCACUUCCGCCAGCGUGAACCGUUACAUCCUCCAGCUGGCUCAGGAGUACUGCGGGGACUGCAAGAACUCUUUUGAUGAACUCUCCAAAAUCAUCCAGAAAGUCUUUGCGUCACGCAAAGAGCUGUUGGAAUAUGACCUGCAGCAGAGGGAGGCAGCCACCAGGUCGUCCCGCACCUCCGUACAGCCCACCUUCACCGCCAGCCAGUACCGCGCCCUCUCCGUCCUGGGUUGCGGCCACACGUCUUCUACCAAGUGCUACGGCUGUGCCUCGGCUGUCACAGAGCACUGUAUCACCCUCCUGCGGGCCCUGGCCACCAACCCAGCCCUGAGGCACAUCCUGGUCUCGCAGGGCCUCAUCCGGGAGCUCUUUGAUUACAGCCUUCGUCGAGGCUCUGCGGCCAUGCGGGAGGAGGUCCGCCAGCUCAUGUGCCUCCUGACUCGGGAUAAUCCAGAAGCCACCCAGCAAAUGAACGACCUGAUUAUUGGCAAAGUCUCCACAGCCCUGAAGGGCCAUUGGGCCAACCCAGACCUGGCAAGUAACCUUCAGUAUGAGAUGCUGUUGCUGACAGAUUCCAUCUCAAAGGAGGACAGCUGCUGGGAGCUCCGCUUACGCUGUGCUCUCAGUCUCUUCCUCAUGGCUGUGAACAUCAAGACGCCCGUGGUUGUCGAGAACAUCACGCUCAUGUGCCUCCGCAUCCUGCAGAAGCUCAUCAGGCCGCCUGCUCCGACCAGCAAGAAGAACAAGGACGUCCCCGUGGAGACCCUCACCACAGUGAAGCCGCACUGCAAUGAGAUCCACGCCCAGGCUCAGCUGUGGCUCAGGAGAGACACCAAGGCGUCCUACGAAGCCUGGAAGAAGUGUCUUCCUAUCAGAGGCACGGAUGGCGACGGGAAGUCCCCCAGCAAAGCGGAGCUCCACCACCUCUAUUUGACCGAGAAGUACGUGUGGAGGUGGAAGCAGUUCCUGAGUCGCCGCGGGAAGAGGGCCUCUCCCUUGGGUCUCAAGCUGGGCCACAACAACUGGCUGCGGCAGGUUCUGUUCACCCCGGCGACACAGGCUGCGAGGCAGGCAGCCUGCACCAUCGUGGAGGCUCUGGCCACCAUCCCCAGCCGCAAACAGCAGGUCCUCGACCUCCUCACCAGCUACCUGGAUGAGCUGAGCGUCGCUGGAGAGUGCGCCGCAGAGUACUUGGCUCUCUACCAGAAGCUGAUCAGCUCCGCGCACUGGAAGGUGUACCUGGCCGCUCGGGGAGUCCUGCCCUAUGUGGGCAACCUCAUCACCAAGGAGAUAGCCCGCCUGCUGGCCCUGGAGGAGGCCACCCUGAGUACAGACCUGCAGCAGGGCUAUGCCCUCAAGAGUCUCACAGGCCUCCUCUCCUCUUUCGUCGAGGUGGAGUCCAUCAAGAGGCACUUUAAGAGCCGCCUGGUGGGAACCGUGCUCAACGGCUACCUGUGCCUGCGGAAGCUGGUGGUGCAGAGGACCAAGCUGGUGGACGAGACCCAGGACAUGCUGCUGGACAUGCUCGAGGACAUGACCACAGGCACCGAGUCAGAGACCAAGGCCUUCAUGGCUGUGUGCAUUGAGACGGCCAAGCGGUACAGCCUGGACGACUACCGGACCCCAGUCUUCAUCUUCGAGCGGCUCUGCAGCAUCAUCUACCCUGAGGAGAACGAAGUCACUGAAUUCUUCGUGACCCUGGAGAAAGACCCCCAGCAAGAAGAUUUCUUACAGGGCAGGAUGCCCGGGAACCCGUAUAGCAGCAACGAGCCGGGCAUCGGGCCGCUGAUGAGAGACGUGAAGAACAAGAUCUGCCAGGACUGCGACCUGGUGGCUCUCCUGGAGGACGACAGUGGCAUGGAGCUUCUAGUGAACAAUAAGAUCAUUAGCUUGGACCUUCCUGUGGCUGAGGUUUACAAGAAGGUCUGGUGCACCACGAACGAGGGCGAGCCCAUGAGGAUUGUCUAUCGAAUGCGGGGGCUGUUGGGUGAUGCCACUGAGGAGUUCAUUGAGUCUCUGGACUCCACCACAGAUGAAGAAGAAGAUGAAGAAGAAGUGUACAAGAUGGCUGGUGUGAUGGCCCAGUGUGGGGGCCUGGAGUGCAUGCUUACCAGGCUGGCAGGGGUCAGAGACUUCAAGCAGGGACGCCACCUUCUGACGGUGCUGCUGAAGUUGUUCAGUUACUGUGUGAAGGUGAAAGUCAACCGGCAGCAGCUGGUCAAACUAGAAAUGAACACCCUGAAUGUCAUGCUUGGGGCCCUGAAUCUGGCUCUGGUAGCUGAGCAGGAAAGCAAGGACAGUGGCGGUGCGGCUGUGGCUGAGCAGGUGCUGAGCAUCAUGGAGAUAAUUCUGGACGAGUCCAACGCCGAGCCCCUGAGUGAGGACAAGGGUAACCUGCUCCUGACAGGCGACAAAGAUCAGCUCGUGAUGCUCUUGGAGCAGAUCAACAGCACCUUCGUGCGCUCCAACCCCAGCGUGCUCCAGGGCCUGCUCCGCAUCAUCCCGUAUCUGUCUUUUGGGGGGCUGGAGAAGAUGCAGGUCUUGGUGGAACGCUUCAAACCGUACUGCGACUUUGACAAAUAUGAUGAAGAGCACAGUGGUGAUGACAAAGUCUUCCUAGACUGCUUCUGUAAAAUAGCAGCUGGUAUCAAGAACAACAGCAAUGGGCAUCAGCUCAAGGAUCUGAUUCUUCAGAAAGGAAUCACCCAGAAUGCACUUGACUACAUGAAAAAGCACAUUCCCAGUGCCAAGAAUCUGGAUGCUGACAUCUGGAAGAAGUUCUUGUCUCGCCCGGCCCUGCCUUUCAUCCUGAGGCUUCUUCGAGGGCUGGCUAUCCAGCACCCUGCCACACAGGUCCUGAUAGGAACAGACUCCAUCUCAAACUUGCAUAAGCUGGAGCAGGUGUCCAGCGACGAGGGCAUCGGGACACUGGCGGAGAACCUGCUGGAGGCACUGCGGGAGCACCCCGACGUCAACAUGAAGAUCGACGCGGCCCGCAGGGAGACGCGGGCCGAGAAGAAGCGGAUGGCCAUGGCGAUGCGGCAGAAGGCCCUGGGCACCCUGGGCAUGACGACUAAUGAGAAGGGCCAGGUCGUGACCAAGACGGCCCUCCUGAAGCAGAUGGAAGAGCUGAUCGAGGAGCCCGGCCUCACGUGCUGCAUCUGCAGGGAAGGAUACAAGUUCCAGCCCACAAAGGUCCUGGGAAUCUACACCUUCACCAAACGCGUGGCCCUGGAGGAGCUGGAGAACAAGCCGCGGAAACAGCAGGGCUACAGCACCGUGUCCCACUUCAACAUAGUGCACUACGACUGCCACUUGGCUGCUGUCAGGCUGGCGCGAGGCCGCGAGGAGUGGGAAAGCGCUGCCCUUCAGAAUGCCAACACCAAGUGCAACGGACUCCUUCCCGUCUGGGGCCCCCACGUCCCUGAGUCCGCUUUUGCCACUUGCUUGGCAAGGCACAACACCUACCUCCAGGAGUGCACAGGCCAACGGGAGCCCACCUACCAGCUCAACAUCCACGACAUGAAGCUGCUGUUCCUGCGCUUCGCCACGGAGCAGUCAUUCAGCGCGGACACCGGCGGGGGAGGCCGGGAGAGCAACAUCCACCUGAUCCCGUACAUCGUCCACACGGUGCUUUACGUCCUGAACACAACCCGAGCAACUUCCCGAGAGGAGAAGAACCUGCAGGGCUUCCUGGAGCAGCCCAAGGAGAAGUGGGUGGAGAGCGCCUUUGAGGUGGACGGGCCCCACUAUCACACAGUCCUGGCCCUCCACAUCCUGCCCCCCGAGAGGUGGAGAGCCACCCGUGUGGAGAUCUUGCGGCGGCUGCUGGUGACGGCUCAUGCCCGGGCCGUGUCCCCAGGGGGAGCUACCAGGCUGGCAGACAAAGCCCCGCAGGACUACUCUGCCUACCGCUCCUCCCUCCUCUUCUGGGCGCUCGUGGACCUCAUCUACACCAUGUUUAAGAAGGUGCCUACCAGCAACACGGAGGGAGGAUGGUCCUGCUCCCUUGCGGAGUACAUCCGCCACAACGACAUGCCCAUCCACGAGGCUGCCGACAGAGCCCUCAAGACCUUCCAGGAGGAGUUCAUGCCGGUGGAGACCUUCGCGGAGUUCCUCGACGUGGCCGGGCUGUUAUCAGAAAUCACUGAUCCAGAGAGCUUCCUGAAGGACCUGCUGAACUCGGUUCCCUGACCGUCAGUCACACAGGCGCUGCGGUCGGCAGAGACAGAAACCCGCCUGCCCGCCCUCUGUGUCGCCCUCCCUAUGUGUUGAUCUCCCUGAUGAGAGGCUGCAUCCUCCCUCCCCUUUCUCUUGGAGUGGCGUGGGGUCUUUAGGCUUCCUGUUUUAUCUGUGUGUGGUGCGCUAGCUAUGAAGCUAUCUGUAACCCAAGCCAUCAAAGGGCUUGUACAUUACCCGGGAGCCAGGAGUCGUCCUGGCCAGCUUGAUACUUGAGUGUGCGCAGCUUGAGGAAUAAAAGAAUGACUUGAUAACGUGAGAACUCA